CUCGGAUGUACGGACGUGCGUGUGGAGCUCCUAUGGCUGGAGGAUGUCUUGUCCUAAACAGCAAAACCAAACUCUCGGUCGAGAGAGGAGGACACAACCUGACACCCUUGGCGAGCUGGGGCGCCUGGCGCUGGAGCAGCUGCGGCGGGGAGCGGCACCGCGGGCCUGCGAGACCGCCGCCAGAAAGCUGAACAUUGGCGUUGACAUCAUUCAGCACGGCGUAGAAGGACUAGUGUACCUUCUUACUGAGAGUUCCAAGCUUAUGAUUUCUGAGGUUGACUUCCAAGAUUCCAUUCAUGUUUUGGGAUUCUCAGAUGAAUUGAACAAAUCCUUGCUCCAGCUGUACCUUGACAACAGGAAAGAGAUCAGGAGCAUUCUUGGAGAGCUGGCACCAAGGCUUCCCAGCUACCACAGUCUGGAGUGGAGACUGGAUGUGCAGCUUGCAAGCAGAAGUUUGAGGCAACAGAUCAAGCCUGCUGUGACUAUGAAGCUACAUCUUAACCAAAAUGAAGAUCAAACUGCCCAGGUGUUGCAAACUGACCCUGCUACCCUUCUCCACCUUAUCCAGCAGCUGGAGCAGGCGCUGGGGGAGAUGAAGAUGAACCACUGCAGAAGAAUAGUGCGCAACAUGAAAUAACCUUGAUGAGCAGCUUGUAAAACCACGCAGAACACUGCUCACAAAUAACAUUUUGAGGCAAAAUAAACAUCUGGAUCAGAUGAACUGCUUUCCUGUGCCAGGAUCUUGAGCCAGUAUUUACUGGCUAAAUGUCCUUGGCUGCCAGCUUUGCACAUCUUUAUGUGGUGACCUUUUUCACAUAAUCAUCUUCAUAUAUAGUACAUGGUGAUUAAAUGUGAUCAGAUAUUACUACUUGGGAUUUUUGAUUAGUAUUUUUAAUGUAACUGGUCUCUGUUUUCAGGUGAAACACAAGGUUAGCCAAUACAUAGGUCAGUAGUUUCCCUCAUUCCAUCUCUCCUCACUGCAGUCACAGUCUGGAACUCAGGGCAGCAAAACAGGAGUUUUAGAUACAAAUCCUAGAAAAUUUUUGUGUUGUCUCGCUACUGCCUGAUGAAUCUGAACAUAUUUGCCUUUUUCUCUCUUAAACUUGUUAGAAAAUCCAGCUGCUGUAGAUCUGAUUGGCAUCAUGGUAAGUGCUGGCAGUCUUCCUAUGGGUCAUAUCCUGAAGCACGUGCUAACUGAGAUGGGGGAGGCGUUUCCUGGGGGAUUCAGUUGAAAGCACAUGUUGAGAAUGCAGAAUGUCACUGGAGAGCCUGCAUGCUCCUUUGUGCAGCGUGUCGCAAUAUUGUAGAAGGAAAAGCUGCAACACUGAAUGGUUUUGUUUCCUUUUACAAAAAAUUACCUCAAGUAAGGAUGGUCAAAGGUAAACUUAGAAGCUGGGUGAAACUGAGAGAAACUCAAACUAUGGCAGUGAUCCACAAAUAGACUCAAGGAGAGAGGGAAGGAAAAAGAUCCUUUACACCAAGCAUUUUACUUUUCAAUUGUACCUUUCAGUUUGUUCUGGGAGAAGUACUGAGCCUGGAAAAGCAGCUGCCGAGCAGCAGGAUUUGGGCUUAAUUAUUGGAAAGGCAGAUUCGCCUUUAGGUGAGGUUGGAACUGGUCUACACCUCUGCAAGUUCUCACUUCUCUGUCUUCACAGCAUCCAGGGCAGCUACUGAGGCCUUAGCACUUAGACCCUGCUGGGGCUGAAAAGGCACAUGUGGCAGUAACCCAGAGAUACUGGUGAAAUAGGAACUCACCCUUGGAUAUGGACUUUGAUUUUGUUGUGAACUCCCAAAUUAAAGGUGGCAUAUAAAGCUACAUUUAAUGCAUCUUUAAUUAAUUUGCACUUGUUUAUAGAAACCCUUGAACAUGACAAGGAGACUACAAAGCAUUUUUCACAAGCUACUAAAAAAAGUUACAUUGCUACUUUUAACCCAUUUUAUUUUUAACAGGGUCUUUAAAAUCUACUACUGUUCCAUCCCCAUUUAGUUCAGAGGAACACAAGUUUUUUGUUCUGUAUGGCUGUUCACAGAUGGACAUGGAGCAGCCAGCUGUAGUUACUGCCUGCUUGGAGUCUCCUUGCACAGAGCAAACCCAAAGCAGAGGCAGAAUCGUGCCAGGCUGCACUCUGUGCUGCUCACCUGGUUACUCAGAAACAACAAGGCUUGCCCAGGGACCCUGAAUGUUUUAUUUUAUAACAGACAUCACACAUGCUGCUUCGCCUAUGUAGGUUGUCUCAGAAAAAUAUUAAUCUAUGAAGAGCUUUGAUGUGGAGCAGUGAUGAAUCUAGACUAAAAAUUACAUGUGGCA